CAAAACCCUCGGCCUAUUUAUUUUCGUCGUCUGUACAAUAAUUACCCCUCUGGCUGUCGCCUGCUUGUGAACCCUUGCUCUCUUGAAGCCUUUGAGCGACACGAGUGCUAAAACUCUGUAAUCAUGUUGGUCUACCAAGAUUUGCUCACAGGUGAUGAACUUCUCUCAGACUCAUUUCCAUACAAGGAAAUCGUAAAUGGGAUUCUCUGGGAAGUUGAGGGAAAGUGGGUUGUCCAGGGAGCAGUUGAUGUAGACAUUGGUGCAAACCCUUCUGCUGAAGGUGCUGAUGAGGACGAGAAAGUUGAUGAUGCGGCUGUCAAGGUUGUUGACAUCGUUGACACAUUCAGGCUCCAGGAGCAACCUCCAUUUGACAAGAAGCAAUUUGUUGCAUACAUCAAGAAGUAUAUUAAGCUGUUGACACCCAAGCUCGAUGCAGAGAAGCAAGAGGAGUUCAAGAAGGGUGUUGAAGGAGCGACUAAGUUUCUGCUCUCAAAGCUCAGUGACCUCCAAUUUUUUGUGGGAGAGAGCAUGCAUGAUGACAGCACCAUCGUGUUUGCAUACUACAAGGAAGGUGCUACUGAUCCGACAUUCUUGUUCUUCGGCCAUGGUUUGAAGGAGGUCAAAUGUUAAAAAUUGGAACUGUGAUCACUGUGCUUGGUACUUGUCGUACCUCUACUUUUUAAGUAUUGCAGGUUUUCAUUUGGAUAUUUGUACUAUUGCUACGUCUUAAUCUUGCCUAUUGUUAUAUUGGAACAUAAUUUAGAUUGCUUGAUAAUUAAUAACAGUUUUGAUUGAAGUGAUCAGUAUUUUGAAUUUA